GCGGAUAACCAGUUGCUGACAUAUCUUUCCAAGAUUUUGGAACAGAAGGAGAGGAGGGAAAGGGGACGGAAAUUCUCGGCACUUUUGUAAAUGGGGAUGAUUAUAGCCUCUUUCCGCAAGUCGGAAAAGGAUUUUGUUGAAGACCAUCGUAGCCAGAGCCGACAUUGGCAUCAAGUUUGCUAAUGAGGUACUCAAUAAUGAGAGGGGUAAGAAGGGGAAUGGUAGGCGAUGCGGGGUAGACUAUAUCCAUUAGUGGGUGGGAUGAGGACGAAGGAGCGGGAACAUAGACUGCAGAAAAGUAGCGGCAGAGUACAUCACAAAAAAAUUUUGGGGAGUUAGCUGAGGAGGCAGAGAAUUUAAUGGACGGAGGGGAUAGCUAGACAGAACAACGGGGGUUGCGAAUGUGGGACUACAAGAAGGUUUGAGAUUUCUGCGCUUUAGUGAGUCACUGUUGACCGAGGAACGCAGAGUUUUGAAAAAAAGUAAGUCAGCAUAGGUUCUAGAAGACUGAAAUUUCUUCCCGCAGUGCGUUUUUGACGAAGUUCUUUGUGGACUUCAGUGGUGAACCAGACGGGGUAAGAGCGUAAAUACUUAGGAAAUGAGGAAAUGUAACAGGGAAGCAGAUCAAAUUAAAUGAUAUAGAAGGUGUUGAGUGCUUGAUCAUACAUUAAUGGAAAGAGGAGGGGAACCCAGUUGAUUGCUGUCGGGACUGAGUUCAGACGUUCGAAGUUCGCUUUACGAAAGUUGAAUUUGGUACGUUUGCGCGCGACAGGAGGGUGGAGACGGGAUAUCUGAGCACUGAACUCAAAGCAGGAUAAUGGGCGUCAAGGGCAACGUAAGGCAGGUUAUGAGGGGAUUGGGAAAGGUAACGCAAAGGAAAGUUAGAGAGGAUAAGGUCAAGAGUGCGAUCUCAAUGGUUUCUAGAAAGUUUAAAUAGGAGGGUGGCGCAGGUGCACACGAAAGUGGAUAAAGGAAGGGAAGGCUGGGUGGGGUUAUUGGGGGGGAGGGAAAGCCAGGAGAACAUAGGAAGAUUAAAGUCGCCACAGGGGAUGAAAGGAAGCGAGGGGAACAAAACGAAUAGGAUAAUUUGUCGAAGAAAUGGGAGAUUAAUAGCUCAGAGACGAAAUAAGGUUCGGCAAUUCGUAGAGAUUACGUAGGAUUUCAUAGAUUAUGUCCUACAUCGAGUUCAAAAGUUGGUUAUAAUGAUUAGGAAUGGUGAACGGCAUAACACUAUUUUUGUAGAGAAAAUAAACGGUGCCCAGGAUGGAAUUAUUCGGGUUUUCGAAAAAAUGUCAGUCCCAUUCCCAAAGCUGUAAAAAUUACACAUUUUCACGCCCUAUGUCAUCUGCUGAUUGACAGGUACGUUGAUUAACGUUACAAUGAAGCAUAGCUGUCAAUAUAAUUAAUUUACAAUGCCGUUUAGUAGUAAAUCAGCUUCUCAUAUCAAUGGCGCCCUCCGCUCUGUGGCGGAGCGAGCAAUUUGCGUAUUGUCCUAAUAUCCUAAUAAAAUUAAAAUUAAAAAAAAAAAAAAUUUAAAAAGCUUGUAGUAUCUUGUAUCCUACUUUCAGUCUCUAUUACAAACAAAAGUUAAAUGAAUUUACACUUCCUUGGCAAACUGUAAUAAUUUCUAUUUUUGUUUGCGGUUGAAAUUGAAUAAGAAAGUUGCAUUUUAUGUAACUCAAUGGGCUGCACAUAUGGCAUUAUUGCAAUUCCACCCCCUUUUCUGCUUUGAUAGAAGUGUGAGCCUCCUUCAUCUAUGUUAUAUAAAGCGAGCCAUUGCGGCAUGAGCCUCAUUCGAAGAGUUGCAAGUGAAGUGAUUCUCAGAGCGAAAUUGAGCCAAGACUUGGAAGACAAACCAACAAAGUCCAAUCUGGAAAAUGGAAUCUUGGAAAAGGAUGAACUCAUAUGACGCAUUCAGCAGUUUGUGGGUUGCAUGGAAGUUUCAAGGACUUUAUACUGUGGAAAGCUACCGAUUUUAUCAUACUAUCCACAUGGCCAUGAUUUUUAUCGUUAUCAAUAUUACCAGCUCAGUCAUGUUUAUUGGGCAAUUAUUCUUCGUUGAGAGCUUGAAGGAUUUGCUCAGCAAUCUAAUCAUGGGAAUAUGCGUGAUCAUUUGUGGAUACAAGUACUUCGUGAUUUUGAUGAUGCGUCCUCAUCUGAUUAGGAUCCGGGGUGUCUUGGAGCAAUUGGAUGCACGUCCAACAACCGAGACACAGCGAAGUUACAUGAAAAUAAUUUGUAAAAGAUGCAACAAUAUGACCUGGAUUGUGCUCUUAUGCUAUCUGGCUGUGAAUGCCCUAUUUGAGAUCAGCGCGGCUUUGUCUCAUCGUGAAUAUUUGGCUUUCCCGGUUUGGGUGCCUUAUGAUUGGACCAAGAGUGCAACUCUUUACUGGAUGACUUGGUUGUACCAAGUAAUCGCUCAGUUCACCCUUUGCGUUCAGCAAGCUGCGAAUGACAUAACUGGGCCCGCUUAUUUGUACGUCUUGAAUACACAUCUUCGAAUUACCAUGGAACGAAUUGAGAGUAUCAAGCCUGAUCCCAAGAAAUCUGAUUCGGAAAACUGUAAAGAACUCAUUGAUUGUAUUGAGGAUCAUCGCCUUAUUAUGAAUGUAUUCGACAUUCUCCAAGGAACGGUAUCCUAUACAAUAUUCCUCCAAUUCAUCGGAACGGCUCUUGUGUUUUGCAUGAAUACCUUACUAUACUUUCUUUACCCAUUGUCCCUUACAGAGGUUCUAACAGUUAUGUUAUUCCUUGUUGCGGAAAUACUUCAGAUAUUACCGUGUUGCUAUUUUUCCAACAAAUUCAUGUCGUCAACAGAUGAAUUCGUGAAUGGUAUCUAUUCAACCGAUUGGACAGGCCAAAGCCCUAAAUUCAAAAAAAUGAUGAUCAUCUUCAUGCAGAUGACUCAACAAACUAAGGUGAUUAUCGCUGGAAAAAUCAUACCAGUUACACUGGCUACUUUUGUUUCGAUCAUGAAGAUAUCUUAUUCAAUGUUUACAGUUGCUAGUCAGUUCCAGUAAAUUGAUUCAAAGUUAUACAAUAAAUGGAGCUCGUUCUACUUAGCGACAUCUAGUUGUCGAUUUUCAAACUUCACAGUUUAAACACAGUUAAUUGCACAGAAUAAAUCAAUAUUUGUUAUGUUCAACGGCACUCGCAAUAAAAUCAUUGCUACGAGCUAUGGAAGUAUGUUGUAUUGAUCCGUAACAGGUUUUAAAAAUUCAAAUGUGUUGCAAAUUAGUUUUCUGUAGUUGAUGACACAGGACAGAAAUGUUGGCAAUGGAUAUCAAUAAAUAAUAUUUUCAUUGUUC